UGGCCUAUUCCAUUAUGAAAGCGGGGAUGCUGGUCCCGUUUAAUGUCCGCUUUGGCAAAAGAUGCUUGUCUGCUGGGAGUUCCGUUGGCGAACCCUCUGCUGGGAAUUGACAGGUCCCAAUUUGUGGGGCAAUGCCCCCUUGGUGGCUGGCUGUGUGGGGUGGGGUGUCCUCAUCCUAUUUGGGUAGAAGAACUACCCCAUCCCGUAAAAUGUGUGCAUGGCUAAUUUGCGUGCUGGGGUAUGUAUGCAUCCCUCUUUCGGGCAGUUAGAGCUGACAAGCCUCUUCCUACUUGCCAGCAAAGGAGUUCUCUGCUGGAGAUUGAUGGUGGCGUCCAGAGACUGGCGUUGAGACGGGGUUGGAUUGCUUGGUGAACAUUCCCGAUAAGUGUCCUUCCCAGCACAUGCCCAGAACCCCCUCCCAAAAUGGCUUUCCAAAGAACCGAGGGCAUGUCCAUCAUCCAAGCCCUGGCCAUGACUGUCGCUGAGAUACCAGUGUUUCUUUACACAACCUUUGGUCAGUCUGCCUUCUCUCAACUGAGACUCACCCCAGGCCUCCGCAAAGUGUUGUUUGCCACAGCUCUGGGGACGGUGGCCUUGGCCCUCGCAGCCCACCAGCUGAAGCGCCGGCGGCAUCGGAAGAAGCAGAUUGCCCCGGACAAGUCCGGCGUGAAGCCUGCGGGGGUCCCCGUGCCCAUCUUGCCCACCAGGAGGGUCCCCUCGGUGAAAAAAGGCUAUUCCAGCAGGCGGGUGCAGAGCCCCGGCAGCAAGAGCAACGACACGCUCAGCGGGAUCUCCUCCAUCGAGCCCAGCAAGCAUUCCGGCUCCUCUCACAGCCUCGCCUCGAUGGUGGCUGCAAACUCCUCCAGCCCGACACCGGCUUCUGCAGGACCCUGGGAGCCCCGAGGCGUAGAAGACCAAGCAGCUGGAGGGGACUGCAGUGCGGAGAACCUCUAUUUCCAAGGGAUGGAGCUGUUCGAGGAGGCACUGCAGAAGUGGGAGCAGGCUCUGACCAUCCGGCAGAGGGACCCUACCAGCCCUCUGGCCACCUGGGAAAACACGAAGGAACCUGAGUCGCUGCUGGAGGAGCUGCCCGAGGAGCAGGAAUCCCAGAAGAGAGAAUUUGCGGAGAAGCUGGAAUCCCUCCUGCAUCGAGCGUAUCACCUUCAGGAAGAGUUUGGCUCGACGCUCCCGGCUGACAGCAUGCUGCUAGACCUGGAGAGAACUCUUAUGCUCCCUUUGACGGGGGAGUCACUGAGGCUCCGGGCUGAUGAUGAAGAUAGCUUGACCUCCGAGGACUCCUUCUUCUCUGCUGCCGAGCUCUUUGACUCCCUGCAAAUUGGGGAAAUUCCUUUCCAGCUCUCCAAGCCAGCCGCCGCCUAUGAAGAAGCGUUGCAGUUGGUGCGGGAAGGGAGGGUUUCGUGUCGGACGCUACGAACAGAGCUGCUUGGCUGCUACAAUGACCAUGACUUCCUCGCAAAACUCCACUGUGUCAGACAAGCUUUUCAGGAACUUCUGCAGGUGGACAGCAACCAGUUGUUUUUCGGGGAGGUUGGAAAACGGAUGGUGAUGGGGUUGAUGACCAAGGCUGAAAAGAAUACCAAGGGCUUCCUUGAGACGUAUGACGAGAUGCUGUGCUACACGCUCAGGCAAGAGAUGUGGCCGACGACUCAAAAGGAGCUGGAAGGACGAGGGGUGGUCUGCAUGAGCUUCUUUGAUAUCGUCCUGGACUUCAUCCUCAUGGAUGCCUUUGAGGACCUGGAGAAUCCACCAUCCUCGGUGCUGGCCGUCCUCCGCAACCGUUGGCUCUCGGACAGCUUCAAAGAAACGGCCCUUGCCACUGCCUGCUGGUCAGUCCUGAAAGCAAAGAGGCGGCUUCUGAUGGUUCCGGAUGGCUUCAUCUCUCAUUUCUACUCCGUAUCGGAGCAUGUCAGCCCUGUCCUGGCUUUUGGUUUUCUGGGGCCAAAGGAGCAUCUCUCUGAGGUUUGCAGCUUCUUCAAGCACCAGAUCCUGCAGUAUUUGAAAGACAUGUUUGACCUGGACAUUGUGAGGUACACGACGGUGCUGUUGCUAGCCGAAGACAUCCUCCAGCUUUCCCGGCGCCGCAGUGACAUCCUGCUGGGGUACUUAGGUGUCGAGACCAUCCCGGACAUGAAUGGCACACUCCCUAGUGACAUUGUCCCCUUAGAGGAGUUCAACUAAACACACUCAACUGGGCAGGAGUGUGACGUUUUAAGAAGACCUUCCCUAUUGGGAACAUACUACCCCGCAUGGGUGGCUUCAUUAGUGGCGGCAAGAAUGGUUUGAAGCAUUGGCUGUUUGCCCAGAUCUUCAUCUCUAUAGAAAGAGGCACAAGAGAGACUGUUUUGAGGAUGCUGAAUGGUUUGGACUUGCUUUGCUCAUCGGUCAUUGCUUUUCUUUCCCUUUUUUAAAAAUUAGGUUUUUAGCUCUAGCGUAGACUGUGAAACACCUAGAGGGCCAAGGCCUCCGCGGCUUGUGGUGGGGCAGCGCACAAGAACACUUUCUUUCCUGUUCAAUGCAUAAAGCAGGUUCCUGACAGUUGGGGGAUAUGUAGAACAUGGUUGGAUGGUUCUCCCCGAUGCCAGAGUUUCUGCUUGAUCAAACUGGAGGUUUUUUUCUUGGUUUUUUAAAAAACUAUUUUGGCGUGGUCAUAUGUAUAUUGAAGCUUAACUCUCUUUUUUAAAGGUUUUAUUUAUGAUUUCUAGUACAAUUAAUGAUCUCCGGCUGCACAGGAAGAAAGGCUACCUUGCCCCCCACAAGGAGGAGUAAAUGUCUUUCUGUAAAGCACUGAAACACUUGAGAAUGUGUUAGUAAAAGGGAGUGGUAAGCUGAGACUUGGGAGGAAUGUAUCCUGUCUUCACAGGUGAGGUGAAAUCAAACCUCUUCUCCCUGCUUCUCGCCACCCAGUGGUUCAGACAUUAGGUGUCUCCUCUCCGUCCACAAGGAAGCAGCUACUUUAGCAAAAAAAACGAUUUGACGGGGAAGUGCAGGGGGCAGGCUGGGGUGGGAGGCACCUCUCACUUUCCUCUGAGGUCCCACCAAUCCAGACACACCCUCAUCAGCCGUUGGGUGCGUGAUAACUCCUAGAUCCUGGCAGGCAGCCAUCCAGGAAGGUUAUUGGAUCCCUGGUGGACUGGUGUACGUGGCCCGGGAUGAGCUGUGCUUUGGCUUGGUGGCUCUCCAAGUUCUGCAGUUCUACCUUAAGGCUUGACAUAUUACCAGACCUAAUUGAUUUCCUCCGCCACUCGCAAAUAAGUGGUGAAACGCAUCGGUGAUGCAGCUGGUUCCUCUGCUUGGUAGAGGAAGAGCUCGCUCGCUGUUGGCUGAAGUCAACCCACGCCCACAGUUGCCAUACAACCGGCAUUCCGUAUGAUGCCACCCAAGGGACGGGCCUUUUCUGCUGGAGCCACGGCUUGGCUGCCUGAAUGCUGCUGGCUGAAUCUAGUUCUGUGCAUCUAGUUAGAACAGCAGUUUUUAAGUUCCAAGGACCUUGCGUUUCUGCUUUUUGGGGGCGGCCCAGAAAUGGCAGUCUGGCUUCCCUGACAGCAAGUCUAUCAGGGCCUCUCCCUUGCAUGGUGUACAGGCAUGCUUGUUUCACAGUGGCCCAUAGCUAGGCCUUAGAGAGCUGCCAAGAACUGUGUGAACUGCAUGAAGUGUUGCGUGUGGGGGCUGGAGAACGGUAGCUUUACAAGGAGGCACGUAGGCCUUCCCUGCUGCUCUGCCACCCCACUGCGGCGCUGUCUGUUCUAAAAGCUGUGCCAGGCGACUCUGGUGCUGGCAUGCACAUGUGUGUGGUCAGCAUGGUGUUUCUGACAUGGCUGCUGUGUGCCCUGACGGGAGCACCGACAGUGCGGUGGGGCAGCGGAGGAGCAGGUAAGACCUGCUUGCUUCCUUUUAAAGCUACUGUUCCCCCCCAAAAAAACGAUUCGGCUGCUGCAGCUCGAAUAGUUUCUAUUGAGGCGCCGAGAUGCUUCGUGCACAUCCUUACAAUGGGGCUGUUCUUGUGACCUUAAGCGGGGCCGGUGGAGCACCCCACCAGGGCAGGAGAGCCGUGUAUGCUCCUGAUCGGUGAUGGUAUGUUUUCAAAGAUCAAGGUAGGACAAGGAGAGAGUGAUUGUGUGGGAGCCGGGAACUGGGUAGGAUGGGCACAGCCAACCUACAUUUGAUCGAGGAUGGACAAAAAGCCACCCUACCCAGCUCCCACACAAUCACUCCCCUGCUCCUGCUGCCUUGAUCUUUGCAAACACAGGACUGCUGAUCAGGUGUGUGCAUGGCUCUCCCAUCCUGGCUGGGCAUUCCUCCGAUGCUCUUUAGGGCCAUGACAACUUCCCUAUUGGAUCCCGUAACUCUCCACAAUGCGGGAUGGGGAUUUUUUGGCCUACCGAUUGAUGUAAUAGGGUGGCAAGUGUGCAAUCCACCAGUUAGAAUGUUUCUUGCUGGGGUUACUAACCUGUGGUACUCCCAACUGUUGCUGAACUACAACUCCCAUCUCCGCAGUCACAAUGUAUUGAUGGGAGGUAUAGUUCAGCAAGAGCUGGAGUACCACAGGUUGGGAAUUGCUGGUUUAUUGUGAAUUGAUGUAACUCAUGUUAGGCAGGCAGUGAGAGUGUUUUAUAGUUGAUAUGAGGGUUGGCUGUUUAGUGAUGAGCAUUCAGGUGCCUUUCCUAUAUUGGCAGAAUCUGCCUGCAGCAAUGGGCCCCAGUGUUUUGGAACAGGUAGCAUAUGAACUGGAGAUGCACACAGGGAAAUGUAAAAAUAGGCUGUAUCUGUUGCAGUUGUGGGGCGAAGAGCAAUGCGGGAAGCUUUUUGGAGCUGAAAACUGGGUUAAGAGAAGGUGCCUGAGGAGAACUGGUGGUGGUUAGUUUUGAUCCGUCUGUGUUUCAAGGUUGUAUGUGGCAAACCCCCAUGUUUACGAAGCUGUGUAAAUUCAAAAGGACUCUUUUGUCUUGUUUUUUAGAUGAAUGUUAUAAAGCACAUUAGGGUCCAAGUAGAUAUUGGAGCUACAUAAGGUGUCCUUUGAGUAUUGUGGAGUUGAGUGCGUAGGGACUGACCAAGAGUGUUAAUUGUGUAGACAGUGGUGUGUUGGUAGCAUUAGAGCAGGCUCUGGGAUGGAAACCAGAUUCCGGUCUGCAAAGGAGUCUAACGUGCCUCAUCGCCAUCUGAGAAUGGAACGGCCAAAUACUUUCAGCCACUUUUUGAAUGCUAGUGCCAGUCUGAGAUGCCUACCCAACUUGUCUUAAAUUGCAGAUUGAGGCCUUGAAAUUUAACAUUGUGCUGUGGGGAGAAGAGAGGCACAGAGUAAGAACUGUGGUGUCAAGCCCUCUGCACAUCUGCCACACCUCCCUGCAGCCUUCCCCACCUUCCAGUCUUGGACCUUGGUUCAGGAGAAAAGUGCCAGGGUGAAUGGGGAGGCAAACUCCAGACACCCUGUCGAUAAUUCCUCCCACCUCCAUCCCUGUUUUGAGAAUCGGACACAGACUCUUAACAUCUUCUUUCUAUAUGAUGGGACAGAGCUGGUAUGAGUCUUGAGGCUUUGGCCUCAAAAUCAACAGAAAAUGGGACACAAUAGCCAAGUUGUAAGAGAGUUUGGACGUAUAGUGUAGCUUUAGAGCAGGGGUGGGGAACCUUGGCCCUCCAGCUGUUGUUGAACUACAACUCCCAUCAUCCCCAGAGUUUUAGUUCAAAAACAGCUGGAGGGCCAAGCUUCCCCACCCCUGCUUUAGAGCAACAAUACAAGGCAUGUACUAUUGCUGUGCAGUAUUUCUAUACAGGAAGAGAUGGUCCCUGCCUUAAACAUUCAGGAUGUGUUCCUGACAUCUUGCCGUAGUUCCGUUUUUAUGCCCGAGGGGAAAUGGUCUGAGGAGUGCAGCCUCAGUCUGUUCUAAGUAAACCAAUGUCUUGCAAUCCUUUUGCAUGUAAAAAAAGGUGGGGAGUGUGUUAAGUGCAGAUGGUAAUGGGCCAGCUCAAACCAUGGUUUGUUGGACUGCGAAUGGCGCAGGAAGGAGCGUUGGCCCUGCUGCAAGGGAGGAAUUGUGGUUAGUUUAAACCACAGUUCUGUGUGUGUGUGAUCUGGACCUGGAAGCAGUGCUUUCACUAUAGAGCCGUUCACGCAGCCAUAAACUGGGUAGGAGAUGGGGUUUGCCCAGUUCCGUGAGCUGGUUCAGCAAUCGUGUGUUGGAUUAAAACAAGGUGGGUGAAAAGAGCCUGUCAAGUUUCCUUUUUAAUUGCACCACUUUGUGUCCUUGUGUGGCUAGCCCAGUUGACAGCUGGACUCUUUUUAGAAGUUUAGUGAUGAUGGGAAGUGAAGCUGAAUGUAUUGAGAAGGCGUGUUGCUAAUUUUCAGAAGUUAUAGAUCUGAUCUCCCUCCAGGGGGGACAUUUUCCUGUGCGAUACCUGUUGAAAUUAAUGGAACUCUAACCCGUGUUCCCCUAACAGAAAAUCCCAGAUGUUCUUGACUAUAACUCCCAGCAUCCUCAGCAAAAGCCCACUGCAGCUAGGGAUUCUGAGAGUUGUAGUCAACAUCUGGGAUUCCCUCUCACAGAGAACACUGACCCUAACAAGAGCACUACUGUUGGUUCUGAUGGGGCUUGUGUAGGAGAAGAGCCCUGGUGGGUUAGCUCUUGGGCCUGGCUGUACUAGCUUUGUAUGUAUUUUGCUGCUUUGGGGGGCAGUCCUAAACUUUGACAAGUGGGACUAUCUUCUGUGUAGCUGUUCUUCAGACUUGGGAGCGAGUAUCUUGAUGCCAUGAUAGGGAUAUGGUGUGUGUGUGUGGGGGGGGUGUUCUCUUGCAUCCUGCAUGAUGUAUAAGAUGUCUUAAGUCUUUUCUCUCUUCCUUGCUGGGGAGAGAACUUAAGAAAUAUGUCCUUAGAAUAUGACACUAGGAAGGUUCAAUCAGCUAAUCAUUUAGCUAGUCGAGUGAUCUAUUCCCCCUGCCCCUACUGGGAUAGUUUGCCUGCUUCUCAUAUUCUGUCUGACUGAGCCCUAUCCGUCCAGAAGUCAUAGAAACAUAAAGUUGGAAGAGGCCUGACUCAGAGGUGGAUACGGAGCCAGAUGAACACCAGCAAUGUACUGUAGGCCACAAUCCAGCAAACGUUGAGCCCUCUUCAGACUUUAAUAAAAAGAUUCUCUACACAAGUGAGUAUCCAAAAUGGGGUUGGAAGUCCCAGCCCCAUCAUUCACCUCCGCAGCCUGCUGCUCACGAUUGCAGAAGAUGCUGCUGAUCCGAUCAUGGAAGCGCCGUAUCAGAUACGGUAUUUGCCUCUUCAGAUGAACACUGCCGGGACCGUGAGUGUUGCACUGCUGGCAGUGAGUGACAGGCCAGGGCAGGAUUUCUGGCCCCACUUGGGAUGCUCUGCUCAUUGGGAGUGUCCUUUUGAUGUACAACUUAUUAGUGGGACUAAAUCCUACCCAUUGCUUCUGAUUGGACUUGAUUGCAACUAAAAUUUUAGCUGGUUUUUGUGUCCAUGGAAUUUCACGGCUCCACAUGGAUCUCCCUUGCUGGAUCAAUGGGAGAGGGUCUUCGCUUCUUCCCUUUGUGUAACCCUAUAUUUUUUUUUUUUACCCUUCACAGGACACAGACUGGUGAAGAAGGUUCCCCUGUUUUUCUGUUCUUUAGCAGUUUCUACAAUUUUAAAACUUUCAUCUCGUAUUUGUCUUCAGGUUCAUGAUCUGACUAAAUUUGAAAAAAAUUAGAGGUGCUGUCGGAUUGAAUCCUGCAAAAUCUUUAUGUUGAUUUUUAUACAUUCUUGCAGAAGUAAUGAAUGAGCUGAAGCAGUACAUUUUUAAGGUAGCUGACAACUGUACAGAAAUAGAAGAGUUUACAAACAAAAAUUCACUGUAGUUAUUAAAUCAGAAUUGCUCUGAAAGUUAAGUCCACUGUCCAUUGUGAGCGGAGUUGGAAUGGGCAUUUUUCUAAAGGGCAUUCCUGUGAAACCUGAAGCUGAUGAUUGUAACUUAUUUGUGCCUAAUCUGAUUUGCUUUGCUUUUAUUUUCCUAAGGUGUAAAUAUUAAUCUUUCAUUGGUUGCACUGCUUUUCCUCCACACCCCUUUGCAGCUGAAACACUUUUGUAUGCUCUAGAAUGUUGGCAUUUGAUGCAAGUCAAAUAAACAUUUCCUUCAUUAA